CACCUCUUCCCCUCACUCACGACAACGACAAUGGUAGCCGCGUGGCUAUCGACCGCUGCGGCGAUAGGUAUGGCCGUCGGGCCGCCUUUGGUCUACGCAGACCAAGCAGUGUACAUCGUCCGCAAGAAGGACUCUACUGGCUUCUCGCGGGAUGUGUGUGCGAUAUUGCUACUUGCGAACAUAACACGUUGUUUCUUCUGGCUGGGCGCGCCUUUCGAACUUGCGCUCCUGCUGCAGUCCGUCUUCAUGAUCCUGGCGCAGCUUGCCCUGCUCUACAUCUGCAUUUUGUACCGCCCGGCGCUCAGUCCCGAGACCCUACACGCCUCCAAGCGCCCCAUCGACUUCUGGCAAUGGCCUACAUACACGCAAUACGUUGAGUUCUUGGCAGGCUUCAUCCUCGUCCAGACCAUCCUCUUCCUCAUCUUCUCUGGGUUUGAAACCUACGUGUCCGUGCUCGGCUUUGUUGCCCUCGGCCUCGAGAGCACGCUGCCAAUACCGCAGCUCAUCACCAACUACAAGCAACGCUCGUUGUAUGGUUUCCGCAUGUCGACGCUGUUGGGCUGGUUUGGUGGAGAUACGUUCAAGGCCGUAUACUUCUUUGUUCAGGGAUCUCCUCUGCAGUUUAAGGUCUGCGCCAUCUUCCAACUGUCGAUCGAUUGUGUCAUCGUCGUCCAGCGCAUCAUAUAUGGCGCUGCGAAGCCCGUCUCGCUCGCCGCACCCGACGACGACCUGGAGCAGGCGCUCGUGCUAGGGGAAGAAUGAGGUGGUGAGCGUAAGGAUGGUAUGUAUACGACUGCUCUCGUGUAGAAUGAUAAUACCCUGGACUAUAUGACGCUUGAGGAUGUUUGUACCGCAAGAUUUUGUAUAGUGCAUAAUUUGUGGCAUGGAAAGCGAGAUGUGGCAUCG